UUCCUUUCAUUGUUAUCAAAAUUUCAGAGAUCAAUCGGAGUGUAUAAAAUUUACGUGCAGAAAGGUGACAAAUCAGUGGAAAUUCCGUGCUCUCACGAAUGGAAGACUCUAGAGCAGGUCGGUCUGGCUUCGGUUCGUGAUGGUAUCUGCGAGACAGAGGAUAUCGACAUUUUAAUUCGAUGUCCACGUUUGAGUGUAUCUUCUGUGAAGUGCGAUAAUGGGAAAUUUAUCUCCGAAAAGCAGCUGCCUGGUGUUAUAGUUCAUGAAACUAGCGGCGUUUUUGCAAUGUUGCAUGAGCUACAAGGAAUCGCGGACCUGGAGAUACAGAAGUCUUGUCGUCGAAUCCUUGCUCUCAUUCCUGUCGAUCCUUUGGUAUUAUCUGCUUUUGCAGUUGAGGAGUCGCCACCAAGAAGCGGGCAUGUGGUAGUCAAUGACGUGGCUAUUAUCGACAAAUUCUUGAUUCCAUCUGAUCCGUAUAAAUUGUUGUACACAUUGGAGGUGCUUUCUGGUUUGUUGGUACCAACGUGCGCAAGCAAGAUCACCGUUGCCACAUCCAAUCGACUUGCUCGUGCUCUUCUUCAUUCCAAUGUUUACAAACAUUUACUGAAACUUUUCGCUCUACCACACAUGAUCGCUCCCAUCACACCUUCUGGAACUGUUUUACUUCUUGGACAGUCAGUCUUAUCGAAUGCAAUAACCCAUGAGGAACAGUGUUUGUCUGAUCUGCAGAAUUAUAAGAAAUCGGAACGCAGGAAAGAUCCCCUUUACGAAGAUUUGUCAACUCUUGCCAUUGACGGUUCCUCUGCUGUCACGAACUUCAGCUGUGACGAAUUCCUCAGUUUGAUUACCGUACUUCGCGAUGCUGUGUGGCGUAGCGCGGCUGGAUGGUUGUUGUAUUCGCUUCGACUUCCUAUUUACCCUAAUUACUUCGGUAUUAUACCAAAAGGAUGUGAAAUAUCGAACGACCCUCAAACGCCAGAGAAGAUAUGGGUCGAACUUCCUAUCUACAAAGUUCCAGACGCUCCAUCCGCAUCUCAGUCCAUCCGAGCAUCCCAUGCCCAAGCGCUUGACGAUCGCAGUGAGGCCUUGACGAACGAUAUACUCGUUCUGAUGGCUCGAUGUAUAGCAAGUCGUUUGAAUUCAUCCGGGGUGGAUCAGGCAACAAAAGAUCAUCUACUGAAGUUUUACACGACUGAAUCGUGGCGCGAGUUCUGGAUGGAUAUUCUUUUGAACACAGUGACUAUCCGUCUUCGACGCCAUGCAAGAGACGCACUCAUGAAUAUAGCGCGUUGCCUAUCGCUCGAAGGCAGUCUCUGUCCAAUUUUGCUGAUGCUUCUCGAAACCGUGGAGAGUGCACCUUUCAGUAAAGACCGUACUAGAAAAAGCAAUGAGCUGGGACGUCGUCAACUUGUCAAUAGUCUUGAAAUGUAUCUAUGCUUGGCUGCUAUUCUGGAUUAUAAUCGUAUGAACACUGAGGAGGAUAUUCUAAUUGUGUGGCGUAUGGUCAAACGGGAUCCAAUGCAGAUCGCUUGGGAGAUUUUCAAUUUUUUGACCGCUACGAGUUCCUGCUCCACCCAUGAUAUUGAUGCGGACUUCAUAUAUGCGAAGCUGCGUGUUGCUGAAGCAGUCCUUGCGGUACGUAGUUCCGAUUCUGUAAGAGUUGGUGAAAAAUUCAUAGUUCCGGUACUUUCCCGUUGCGUUUUCGCGCAGGUUAUGGAAGGGUCCUCCAACAGUUUCUGGGAAGGAAAGAACUCGAUGCUUGCUUUGGAAGUCUUAUCUGAUUUAACUGCCUCCUGUCCGCGUAAUGCUGUUCGAUUGAUCGAAUGGCUUCAAAAUUAUUUCGGGACGCUACGGGAACUGGAGUGGGAAUAUAGGCCUGUGUUGGAAUCUCGCGUUCUGGAUCACGUCGGCCUUCAGAAUGGUGGUGGCACUUGUUACAUGAACAGCGUGCUGCAACAACUGUUUGCCAUUCCUGGCCUUGCCAACCAUCUUCUUUCAGUCGAGGUCUCAAAUGAACCCGACAACGAAAACAAUCAGUUGCUGCUAGCUCUUCAAUCGGUGUUUGCUCGACUGAUGAUGGCUCGAUCUCGCCUCUAUGUUCCUCGCGAAAUGUGGGAAAACUUUCGGUUCUUCUGGAGCUGA